UGCACCAGAGAGUGCAGCAGAGAAGGAGAGGGAGAGAGGAUGUAGCCUAGCUCUAGCCAGAGCAGCAUCACCCUGACUAACCGCUGAAUCUCAGUAAUGCAGCAGAAUCAAUGGCCCAACUAAAGAAAGGCACCAUGGCUGUUGGAUUGAGGCCAGUGAUUUUGCUGCUUUUGCUGCUGUGCUGUUGGCAACUUGCCUCAAGUAAAGAAGGAAAAUCCACAAAGAAAGGAAAAAAAGGAAAGCAAGUUGUCUGUCCAUCGCAGUUGUCUCCAGAAGAUUUGGCACAGGUUCCAGCUAACUCUACCUCCAACAUUUUGAAUCGUCUGAUGGUCAGUUAUGACCCAAGAAUAAGACCUAACUUUCAAGGUAUCCCCGUUGAGUCCAGAGUGAACAUCUUCAUUAACAGCUUUGGGUCUAUCCAGGAGACGACUAUGGACUACAGAGUAAAUAUAUUUCUUCGACAAAGAUGGAAUGACCCUCGUCUACAGCUUCCUACAGAUUAUAAGAGUGACGCACUAACUAUUGAUCCCAAAAUGUUCCAGUGUUUAUGGAAACCAGAUCUUUUCUUUGCAAAUGAAAAAAAUGCAAACUUUCAUGAUGUCACACAAGACAAUAUACUGCUCUUCAUCUUCAGGAAUGGAGACGUCCUGAUCAGCAUGAGGUGUGCUUUUAAAUCUGUUUUAAUCUAUCUAUAUGAUUCUAAUUUUUAUGUUUUAGUUGGCUACACCACCAGUGAUCUUGUGUUCAUGUGGCAGUCUGACCCAGUUCAAAUGGAUGAGAUUGCUCUCCCACAGUUUGACAUCAAACAAGAGGAUAUAAAAUAUGGAAACUGCACAAAGUACUACCAAGGAACAGGAUACUACACCUGUGUCGAGGUUAUAUUUACGUUGCGACGGCAGGUCGGUUUUUACAUGAUGGGAGUUUACGCUCCAACACUGUUGAUUGUUGUUUUGUCCUGGUUGUCAUUCUGGAUCAACCCUGAUGCCUCAGCUGCAAGGGUGCCACUAGGUAUUUUGUCAGUGCUUUCGCUAUCCAGUGAGAGCAUGUCCUUGGCUUCAGAGCUACCAAAGGUUUCCUAUGUAAAGGCUAUUGAUAUUUGGCUCAUUGCCUGUCUGCUCUUUGGUUUUUCAUCCCUUGUGGAAUAUGCUGUAGUCCAGGUCAGUUCUUGCAAACAACCACUCACACUGUACUGUAAAAUACAUCUUGCUAUAUAUAAAAUAUCUGUCAAAAAGAAAUCUAUUAAUGUUGUUCAGUCAGCAUGUGUCUUUUACCAGGUCGUUGAAACUCGCUGUAAGAAAGUUUGCACUUCGAAGUCUGACCUUCGCUCCAGUGACUUCAGCAUCGUGGGAUCUUUACCUCGAGACUUUGAACUUUCUAACUUUGACUGUUAUGGUAAACCAGUUGAAGUUACAGGGGCCCUCAAAUCCCAAAACAAAGCCAACAAGAAACCACCACCACCUAAACCUGUCAUACCGCAAGCUGCUAAGCGCAUUGAUCUUUAUGCAAGAGCCCUUUUUCCCUUCUCUUUCCUCUUCUUCAAUGUUGUCUACUGGUCAGUCUAUCUGUAAGAGGAAGAAGAAGAAAGUGAUUUGUAUCUUGGGUACAGAGCGGACAGUGCUGACAUUAAAAGUACACUUCAUCCUGUCAAUAUUUUCCAAGGUACAUGGAUGCUUGAAAUUUUAUUUGUAAGUGUCAACUCACCAUAUGGGUUAGAUAUCGGGUUAAAGCAAGUUAUAUCAUGGAAGGUCUCCUUUUAACCUACAUUUUCAACCUGUUCACAUCUUCUAUACAGGUAUACAACACAAAAACUGGUGGGUUGUUUGUUUGUUUGGUUUUUUAACAAUGGAUAUGUGCCAUAAAACAAGCUAUUGCAGAAAUCCACCAUAUGUGAUGAAAUUAGAAAUGCCUGCAACUAGAACAUUUUUCCAACAAACUAACAGUAAUCUCUGAGCAGUCUUACUCGUUCAGCAGUGUUGAUGCUCCAAGGAAACCAUGCCUUUCACAGCUUUAUUGCAGUCGAUCAAAACAGACUGGAAACUGUCAGUUUGUCUGGUGUCAAAAAUACAACCAUUAUGAAGGCUGGAUUUAUUAUUGCCAGAAGUUCCUACACAAGAUUGCACGUCGUUGCUAACUAACAACUCUUUUUUUCUGUUUAGAGCCAUGUUUGCAAAGCUGCAAAAACCAGUGUGGUUCCCGGGUAUAACUGCAAAUAUUCACAAAUAUAAAACUUAGCGUCCUAUUGCUUGAGUCCCCUUAAAGCCUGUAUAUUAAGUAGGCACUGCAUGUUUGUCUUUGUGUAAUACAGGACAUUGUGCUAGUUAUAACCUAAAUUAUGCAGUUUAAAAUAUAACUGUAUCCUGUGCAUUAGAAAUAAAUGCUUUUUAUUGAGGGUAACAUUACUGGUCACACUUCAUGCUAAAGGUAUAGUAUUCUAGAGUGGCCAAUGUGGAUGAGAAUCGAGAAAAAGAAGGUUCUCUACAAGAACCGGUUCCUAGUAGUCCAAUUCCUUGGAAUUGUUAGUCUGCCUGCCUGUCAAUCCCGCUUAUCAGUUCUGGCACGUAUUCUACAAUUAGCUGAUUUCAGUUAUGGAGGAGCAAAUUGUAAGGCAGUUUUCAGCGUGGAUACGAACAUAAUUUUUAUUUUUAUUGCACAAAAGGAAGUGCAAACUGCAUCCAGGACAGAACAGGUUGUUGCUAAUAUAACUUCAGUUCUUGCAAAGAACAGCAUGCUAAUGCUAAGCUAUCCAAGAUCCCAGAGCGAUGCUAAGCUGAGUGAAUGCCAUCACUUGUGAGCUGCCGUGAAGCCAGCUGCCACUGAACUUCAUCCGGUAACAAACAGAUGAGCAUUUAGGCUGCAGGCUUCGUUUCUACCUGUUUUUAUUUAUAUAUUUAUAUUUAUUUAUAUAUUUAUAUAGCCCAAAAUCACAACAACCUGUUCAUGUUUCUGAAGUAGAAUCAACAUGGAGAUCACUUUAAAGUCUCUUUGUGCUUGUUUUCUUUUUUUUUUUGUGCUGUAGGCUUUGUGUUCAUACCUAAAUACUAAGAGAAAUAUUAUAUGUGUCCUCAUUAGGGCAGGGAUUUGUGUUGAUGUGUGGGACUGUAAAUUCAGGUUUAUAUUGGCAAAUGGUAAUUAUGAGACAAUAUGAUUUUGUUCAUUUGACCGAGAAAUGCAGUUGUAACAUAACAAAUAGUGUAACAAAGUACUUCCUCCUCCUUUUGAGUAAUGACCCCUGAUCAUAACAAAGAGUGGAAAUACCUCCAACAUCCACAAAUAUUUGACCCAGCGGAUGUAAUUAAUUUGCAUGAAAGUAAUGUCUUUGACAUGGUGCUUAGAGAUGUUGGUGACUCUGAAAAUGAGAUUGGAUACGGGAAUUGAAUCGAUAAGUGAUAUCAAUCAUGAAAUCCCAUCCCUAGUGGCGAAUAAUAAAUAAAAUAAAUUCCAUGAUGAAAAUAUAAUCCAAAGAGAAUAAAAAAUGUAAAAAUAUUCUUCUGCAGUUUCCCUGUUGUUUCAAGUUUGACAAUAGAAGCAUGAUUGAAUUUAUUUGUAUUAUAACAGUCUUAAUUUAGACAUUUUAUUGGCACCAUAUUGAAAAAAGAAACAUUUUAAUGUUUUUAAUUAGAUGCCGUGUUUUCAUAUUAAGGUAAAAAAAAAUCCAAGUCAUAUUGGAUUCACAGCCUUUUUUUCAUCACUGCGUCAGCGCAACAGAGCCAGACUGGAAGACUGACACUCGUUACUAAGACUAAUCUUUUUAGCUUGUGAUUGUGGAAGUCCUGUGAUCCUUGUGCUUUUAGAUCUUACUGCAGCGUUUGAUACUCUUGACCACAAUAGUCUUACCUCUCGUUUGGAACACCUGGUUGGCAUCAAAGGUGCAGCACUGGAUUGGCUUCGUUCAUAUUUGAGUGGCAGAACGUUUAGUGUUAAAGUUUAAAAAUUUUGAGUCCACCUCAGCCCUCCUUCCUUGUAGGGUGCCUCAGGGCUCAAUCCUUGGCCCUCUUCUUUUUUCAUUAUACCUGGUCCCUUUGGGGUCUAUUUUUAGAAAACACAAAAUAUCCUUUCACUGCUACGCAGACGACAGCCAAAUUUAUUUGCCUUUAGCACCAAAUGACCCAGGCUCCAUCCAAAUCCUUUUGAACGGCCUUGAAGAUGUCAAAGCUUGGAUGGCUCUGAACUUUUUGAAUUGCAAUGAGAGUAAAAUGGAGGUGAUUGUAUUUAGACCUAAUAAUAUUUCAUGCAACCCGCUUAGAAAUUGUGGUUGGCUAGGGUCUUAUAUCAAACAGCAUGUGACAAAUUUGGGAGUCAUUAUGGACUCAGAUGUUAAAUUGAACAAACAUAUUAGUUCUGUGUUGCAACAAAGCUUUUUCCAGUUGAGGCAAAUAGCAAAGCUGAAGCCAGUUUUGUCAAAACGUGACAUGGAGAAGGUAAUACAUGCCUUUAUUUCAACAUGGCUUGACUACUGUAAUGCACUUUAUGUUGGAGUAAGCCAAGGGUCUCUUGCACGUCUUCGGCUCGUUCAAAAUGCUGCUGCCUGCCUCUUGACUGGUACCCACAGGCAUGAACAUGUAAUACCUAUCCUGUCCUCUCUUCAUUGGCUUCCUGUUCAUGACAGAUUACUUUCAAAGUCCUAACGCUGGUUUAUAAAUGCCUUAAUGGUCUUGCUCCCCCAUACCUUUCCAAGUUGCUUCAGCCUUAUAUUCCUUCGCAGACCCUUAGAUCAGCUGACCAGCUGCGGUUGGUUGUCCCAAAAUCUGGGCUAAAACAUAGAGGAAAACAAGCCUUUUCAAUUAUGGCCCCCAAGCUUUGGAAUACGCUCCCUUUAAAUAUUAGACAGGCAUCUUGGGUUUCCUGUUUUUAAGUUACUUUUGAAAACACACCUUUUUUCG